UGUUGACCAUCGAAAGCGAGGGAUCGUGUAUCGUCUUUGCGUUUUCUCUCAUGUCACGAGUUUUUCACUAUCAUCGUCAAUUAUUGACAGAAAUUCACCAAUUAAAUUGAAUUUUUCAUUUUUAAUUAAGAUUAGCAAUCAAUUUCAAUUCAUCAAGAUUAUAAUCAUCCCUUUUUCUAUAAUCUGAUUCAUAAUUUUCGUAAGAAAAGUACAUACACUCUUCUUGAACUUGUCAAAUAAAAAGUGAAUCAUUAAUUAAAGUGAAGUGAAUGUUAGAAAAUUGUGAUGCAAAUUAUUUUCAAUAAUUGAAGGUCGUUGAAAAUUUUGUCAUAGUGGGUCAUCUCGCCGGUAUAAAUAACAGUAAUGGUGGUGUACUUUCGAGGUCCUCUCAGAUACUGAUCGGCGAUUCUUUUUAAUACACGAGACAUUUAUAUGUUUUGCCAGUGUCAACGACCGCUCGUUACAAUCGAUCCCUGUUCUAUCGACUGCGCGUGAUUUUUGCGUAAGGUUCUCCUUGUAUAUUGACAUAUCUUCCAAGUUGAUUGACUCGCUGAGUCACAGAUUGUUAUUAUUAUUAUUAUGAUCCCCGAGAUAAAUCAGUGUGCUGAUUAUUUAAUUCUUCGAACCGUACAUCCCGUUUCAAAACAAGUGUCUUUUGUCUACUCUGAAAGUGGGCAAUUGUAAAUAGACUAUUAAGCCAAAAAGGAAAGUUUGUAAAUUUGAGUUCCAGUUUAAGUUGAGUGACAUGAAAAGUAAAUGACCGCGAGUGUAUCGUAAAUGCAAAAUUUUUAAAAGAAGAAGAAGAAAUUGAAAAAGGGUUGAAGGGUCGGACCAGUUGAGAGUGAGCAAGAUAGAGUGUACAACAAGUUGAGCAGAGUGUCGGAGAUUAAGUCAGAGACGGAGCAUGGUUCGCCGCGUGGAAAGGCGAUUGGUGCCAGUAGUAAAGCAAGAAUGUUGACGGCCCGUUCAGGGCCUCUUGGGCUCGGAGUGCCUCGAACCCUGGGGCCCGCCGAGGGUAGCGAUCAUCUUUUUCUACUGCCGGAGAGAGCUCUUGGUAUGGACACAACCCACCUUCGACAGGACUUGGCAGGACUUGACUUCAACCUUCACCUCAACCUACUCCACACGGCGCCCAAGGGCAACGUAUGGCUAUCUGGAGCCGCUCCUGAUGAAAAUAGCCAAAGGUCCAGCUCUGCACACCAUCGCCACUCUCUCACGAAGGAACAAACGAUGCAUUGGUUUGCUCAACUCGGUGGCGAAGACAUCUCGAUUCAUCCCCCAGAUGUGAGGCGUCGCAGUAUCUUCAGUGAGGACUCUCUUGAUGGCGAAGAUCCUUAUGAGAACCAAGGACGGGAGUCGACGGGAAGUGCGAAGGACGUGGACAGGGCGAAACUUGUUCGUGAAAGGCAAAAUGAGGAACGACAGCGGAAGUUGGAAGAGUUGAGGAAACAAGCACUAGCAGCUCAACGUUCCCUCGAGCUGCGAGAGGAAAAAAGGCGAAAACGUAUCGAUGAACUUAGGUCACGUGAUAACGACAGACGAAUUCAAGUCGAGGAAAAGAAGCGAUUAAUAUGGGAGGCGGAACGAGAGAGACGCGAGGCAAUUUUGCGGAAAAAUCAAGAGCGAGAGGCGCGAAUCGAGGCAAAGAGACGGAACGAGAGAUCUCACAUUGUUUUUGCGUUUGGCAGUUCUACGCCGAGAAUGUUGGAGCCAGCGGACACUGGUGGUUCGACAUUUUGGGGAACACGACGUGCAACAUCAACGACAAACGUUAUGAUGUUCCCUACUGCCCUACCAUUGACCAGGAGAUCCUCGGAACGAGAAUUAGAUAAUAACAAAAAGCGAGCCACUUCUGCGGGCGGUCUUGAUCGAAAACCAGGCGAAGAUAUGAGAAUGUCUUCGUCCAUGUACGAAGUUUUCAAUUGGAAUACUAGCCCUGAUCCUCCCCUAACUCCUGCUAAAAAUAAGAGAGCAAGCCUCUCUUUACCUCCUACUACUGACAUCUUUGCUUUUGACGAUAAGUCAUAUAGCAAUGCUAGAAGUCCACUGAUUCAGCGGGGGGCCAGUGGUGAUGAUAGCGAUGCAUCUCCUGGAACGCCAAGUUCGGCAUAUCUUCGUGUGAAUAGGAGACGAACGGAUCUAAUGCCAACGAUACCAUCGCCACGUGAUGGACCGCCGCCCACGUCAGCGCGCAGUUCGAGUUCAAAAGCCUUCACACGUUCGCCAGGUAGGACUUACUCCAUGUCCAGGCUGGACCAACUUUCGCAACCUAGGAAACGUCCCACCGAGCUUAGCACACUGACGGAACAGCAGCAAGCUCAGCCUCUGGGCGCUUCUAGCAUGAGUCGAAGCAUGUGUCAUUUAGCUGCAUCAGGCGCAAAAAUUCUUAAACAUUCGGAUAAUUCUCGUAGCAUGGGUACAUUGCCGGGCUCGGUACCAGUGCCACGACCCACGAGGGCAGAGAGACUUCGUCGUAAGGCUCGAGAGUAUCAAAAUCAUCAGCAGACAGGUAUCCGCAGCGGGGAAGCUACUCCAAACAGUCAUUCGCGACCUCACAGCUCCAUGAGUCAACAGAGUGCCUGCAGCGUUGGCAACAGUAUCGUGAAUCUGCGUCCCCGCACAGCCACCCCUCGUCGUCCGCGACCUGCUUCUAUCGCCGGAACUGGCGUUUCUAUCCCAGAACGACACAAUGUGCUUGGAGAAAUGAAACUAACGAAAGAUUCGAAGCCACCACUGCCAAAGGUCCAUAGCACUCCAAAGAAACCAUUGAUACCGAAAGCUGCUGCGGAGAUGAUAAGAAAACCUUCUGAUAAGCUCAUCAAGAGCGCAAGGGCUUCGCCGCGCGUCACACCGAAAGCAACUCCUAUUCAGAGUCCCGGAGUCGAGCACGUUCCAUUGAUUCGGGAAAAUACUACCGAAAUUAUUCGACCAUUCGAAGCAAAAUACGCUAAACUCGAUGAGAAGCUGGAAGAGAAAACUGAUCAAGGCUCAGAGAAAAUUGAGAUUCAACAAGAUGUGAAACCAGUAGAAGUUAAAGUUGUCGAGAUGAAAAAGGAAGUCAAGCUUCAUGAACCGGUAACUACGACUCUUGCUAAGUCAACUCAAGAAGAAUCCAUUUUGGAAAACUUAUCAACUGCAAUACAAGAUAUUGCUCUAAACAAAAAGGAUGACAAUGCAGGCAAAAAGUCGCCAGAACUUGAUUUAAAAUCAGAAAUCGAGAUCGAUGAACAAGUUGAUAUGUCGGCGUCCAUGAUUGCAAAAAUUAAGAUCACGACAGAAGAAGAGGCAAAAGCUGCUUUGGCAGAGCGACGAAGAAUUGCUCGAGAACAAGCAGAACGAGAGGCUGAACUUGAACGUCUGCGAUUAGAGGAGCAAGCGCGACUUGAAGCUGAAAGACUACGAGCUGAAGAAGAAGAGCAACGUCGAUUGGAAGAAGAAACUCUCCGACUUGCUAAUGAAGCUAAACAAGCAGAGGAACAGAGAUUACGUCUCGCUAUUGAAGAAGCAACAAAACGUGAAGAGGAAGAUAGGAAAAAGAGAGAGGAAGAGGCGAAACAGAAACAAGAAAAGGAAGAAGCUGAGAAAAAGGCUAGAGAGGAAGCAGAAAAACAAAGAAUUGAAAUGGCGGAACGUCUGAAAAAGGAAGAAGAGGAGCGAAUAGCCAGACGCAAGAGAGUCGAGGCUAUUAUGCUUCGAACUCGCGGAAAGAACCAAUCUAAUUCCAAUAAGGGUGAAGGUGGCGAUGGUGAUAAAUCAAAAGAAGACAGUCCAAGUGACGAGAAUAAAGCAAUGCCCGGCGAUAAGGUGGACGAUAUUAUGACGGCCAGUCUUAUAUCUGAGGCAACUCAACAAUUUAUCAGUGGCGAGCAAAAUGCUCAUCGUAUGGAAAAUAAUUCAUCUCCUGACAUUGUGCGCAAUGGUAUGCACACAAAUGGUAUCAAUGAAAAUAAAAUAAUUCUCGAUAAUAAUCAGGAUAAUGGAGGGGAGCUAAAUGGUCAUCAUACGAAUCAUGGAAAUGGCAUCAACACCCAAACGAUUGUCCUGGAUAAUGCCACUGUCAAGCAAAACAACGUGACCAACAACCUGUUAGACCUGUCGGAUUUUGACAAUUUGAGUAAUAGUGGUAGUGGACCAAUACUUGAGCUGACACCCAAUCUAGCAAAUGAAGACACGCUAAACUCAAAUCUUAAUCCAUCAGCAAUACCAUUUACUCCAAUGGCCAAUUCCUUUGUGUCAACAACUAAUGUCAACACUAAUCCUUUCCAGGAUGUUUUUAACAACAAACAAGAUAAUCAAGUAACAGAUCUACUAUCAUAAUGAAAACGACAAACCAUUCAAGAAGAAUCAGGAAGAUACAAACAAAAAGAAUAAUCAAUUUGCUCCGGACAUCUGAUAUAGAAUCAAUCUGAGAGUAUCGAGUUUCAAGAUAUUUCAAUUGUAAAUAAAACAAAACUAUUUAGAUACAGAAACAAAUAGGGAUCCGCAAAAUGAGAAGAUGAAUUGCAGUAAACUAUUAAUACAAUAGGAUCCAAAACAAUUAUCUUUGGCUGAUAACAGUUUAGCUCAAAUCAGUUAAACUUUAUCUAUCAAAAAAAAAAUAAUAAUAAUAAUAAUAAUAAUGAAAGAAGUGUAAAAUAAUAUAUAACGUUAAUUAAUAAUAAUAUUAUUAAAGAACAGGCAAGUAAGUAAGUUAUAAGUAACUUCAAAAAAAUACAUAAAUAUGAAAAAAAAAGAAAGAAACCCAUCAUAUUAAAGCAAACUGAUAUCGAGACUAACUUUCUUCGAGAACUUUAAAAAGGAUAUUUAAAUGCUUGUUUGUAACAUUUAAUUCAAGUCUUUGUUUUUUAUUUAUAUAUUAUAUAUACGGAAAAAAGAAAAGCAAAAUUAUUUUCAUCAAUAUUCUAUUCUCACUAAAUACUCUGCGGAUAAAAAGGGACCCCCGAAUUCGAAUCAUGUAAGAUAUAAAUGUAAAAUUUUUCUGUUUACUAGAAGUUAUAGUUUGAUUCAAUGAAUCUUUGCUUGACUAUCGCAGAUUAAAAAAAAAUUACGAAAUCAUUGUAUUUAUGUGAAGAUUUCCUGUGAACACGGCCUAGGAAUUUUCAUUUAUUACAAAAGAGGAGAAAAAUAUAUAUUAUGUGUAUAUGUAUUCAAGAUAUAAAGAUAUCAUCAUCUUAUAUAGGAUUUUUAUGAAGAUAUCUUUAUAUGAGAUAAAAAUAUCUUCUCAACGAGGAUAUUUUAUAUUUAUUAUAACAUUAUAAAAAACUAUAAGAUAUUACAAUAAUUAUAAAAUGUUUUAAAGAAUGUAAAAUAUCUUCAUUAUCUCAAAAAUGAUGUAAUAUUUCAUCAAGAAAAGAUAAGUUUACAUCUUGAGAUAGAGAGAGAAAGAGAAAGAGAGAAAGAGAGAGAUUUAAAUAGCACCUUGAUUAGAAAUGAAAAUGAAUUAUUUAGUAGCAAUUUUUAAUUGAGUACUGUGAGGAAAACGAUAUAGCGACAGCUUUUCUUCCAUACGUUUCGGGGCGUGCGCUAACUAGUCAAGCGAUUUUACUGUUUUUAUCAGAUAUAUUAUAUUGAAAAAAAGAAAACAAAUGAAAACGAGAGCGAAAGGAAAAUAAAUGAAAGAAUAUGUGUGCAUGAGAACGAGAGAGCGAGACCGAGUCCAUCAAAAUACUGGUAGUCUAGAUUUCAUUGUUAUUUGCGAUUUCGUAAAUUUACCACAUUAGUUUUUAAACUGUGAUGAUAAUUGUUUUGUUGCAUGGUUAUAUAUUAUUAUACAAUGUGCAGCAUCAAUAAUUAUGUUUUGUUUAUUUUUCUCGACGAUACAUUAUCAUCUUUUUUAUAAUUAACAUUAUUAAUUACUAAUUAUGAAUUAAUAUUAUAAUUAUAUUAUUAGAAUUCUAGUAUUAUAAUUAUAAAAAUCUAAUUAUUAAUAAUACUAUAAUUGUUGCUGUUUAUGUUAUUCUCCAUAAUUCAUUUUUUCAAAAAUGUUGCAUACGACAAAAAAUAUUCUUUGUAAUAAACUGAAAUCUCUGAUUUUUCUAGAGAAAAUCAGAUUCUUUCAGAAACAAAUUAAGAUAUAUUCAAAAAAAUAUAUCUUAUUAGAAAAGAUUUUUUUACAAGAAAAAUAGUAAUUUUUAAUGAUUUCAGUGAUUUAAAAAAAAAUGAAUUUUAAAAAUAAAAAUGUAUUACAAAAAUUAAAAUUUGGGGAAUUUUCUCCGAGAAUUUAUUUUUCUUUAAAAUAUUUCUUUUAAAUUCUUUAACUAUUAUUUUUUUUAUUCUUUUUAAAGUAUUUUGAUGCUGCACAUUUGUAUUUAUUAAGAUGAAUCUUAGAAAAAAAAAUUCUGUGUGAAGUAAAGUUAGAAUAAUUAACAUAUUCCUUUGGUGGCUAUAUAUUUUUAUUAUAAAUGUUUAAAAGAAAAGAAACGAAACAAAUGCAUUCUACGGCGAGUGAUGUUAAAAUUUUUGCUUACAAUGUGCGUUUAUUUACGCCACGUGCUAUUUACACCGUAGAUAUAAAAAAUUAAUAUUGCGACGAUAAAAUUUGCGGUUUUUUUGAGUAUUUUUAAUGUCUAAUUUAUAAAUCGAAUAAAAAGAAAGGGAAUUUAAGAAAAAUUGCACUAAAUUUUGUCACGAUUUCUGAUUAGAACGAAUUUAUAAGUUUUUCUUUUUUUAUAUGUAUAUACUUUUGAAUAAUUUUUUUUCAUUGUUUUUUUUUCUCGUGAAAAUAUCUACUUUUAUGCUGAUAGUAGAUGAAUUUUUCUAUGAACUUGAUUUUUUUUUUGCACACUUUUAAGAUGUAUCGUCUAAUUAUUAUUAACUGAUACUAAUUGCGAUAUGGUAGCACAAAAAAAUAAAAUUCCCAUUAUGCUGUGUAAUGUGAGAGACAAAACUUAUACAUAAUUUGAUCAACGAUUUUGUUGUAAUGAUAAUUGUAACCAAAUUGCAAAUUUAAUGACGAGUUUCAUUUAAAAAAAUUAAUUUCCUGCGUGUGUAAUUAUAUAUUUGGGUCUUAUUCUGUGGUCUAGGUUGAUGUUAUAAUUAUUUAUUUUAUUUGUCUCUCAGCGAACCUAUUUCCCUUCUUUUUUAAAUCCACAUCCGUUUCUGAGGUAAGAAAGAAUGUUUCUACAUAUUUAAGAAAAUGAGGACACUAAUAAUACCAGUCAUGUCUAAACAAAUACUUUGUAUUGUAUAAAUGCUUAUAUGUAAUAAAUACUUAAUACUGA